UAAGGAGGCUAUGUGGGUAUUGCUUGCUUAUUCUUUCUGACUGUUUCUUAUUGAUUUACCAUGGGGGGAGAAAGGUUCUCUGUUGGGUUCAUAAUUUUUGGUUUGUUUGGGUGUUUAUGUAAUGCUCAAGAGGGACAGUGGCUUUCAAACCUGAAUGGUGCUAAUCCUGGGACAACCGGACAGUAUAACAGGCAGCCAGUGGGCUCACAGGCUCCUGUCACGGCUCGACCACCCCUUGGAAGACCGUGGUUCACCCAGGCUCCCGUGACUCCCCGCCCAACCUUCGGGGGACCAGGCUUCACCCAGGCUCCCGUGACUCCCCGCCCAACCUUCGGGGGACCAGGCUUCACCCAGGCUCCUGUGACGCCUCGCCCGACCCUUUGGGGGCCCACAGUUCCAGUGGAACCUCCUACACCUAAGCCUGAUGCUGUGAAGGCCCACUGUGGGGAAAGCUCUGUUCAGUUGGAAGUGGAUAUGGACCUGCUUGGCAUUGGUCACCUGAUCCAACCAUCUGACAUCACCCUAGGAGGCUGUGGACCUGUUGGGCAGGAUAAGUCUAGUCUCCAUCUUCUGUUUGAGACAGAGCUGCAUGGCUGUGGCAGUGUACUUGCGACGACUGAGGACUCCCUAGUCUACACCUUUACCCUCAACUACCAACCUAAAGCUCUUGGUGCCACGCCCAUAAUUAGGACAUCUGAUGCUGUGGUGGGCAUCGGGUGCCACUACAUGAGGCUGCAUAAUGUCAGUAGUAAUGCCCUGAAACCAACCUGGAUCCCCUACCACUCUACCCUGUCUGCUGAAGACCUCCUUGUAUUCUCUCUGAGGCUCAUGACUGAUAACUGGCAGAUGGAGCGGAUGUCUAACGUGUUCUUCCUGGGGGAUCUCAUUAACAUUGAAGUUUCUGUGGUCCAGGCCAACCACGUACCCCUCAAUGUAUUUGUGGAUUCCUGUGUAGCUACUUUGGACCCUGAUAUAAAUGCAGUACCCAGAUAUGCUUUCAUUGAGAAGGGGUGUCUAAUGGAUUCCAAGCUGACCAACUCCCGCUCCCAAUUCUUGCAAAGAGUACAGGAUGAUAAGCUGCAAUUUCACCUGGAUGCUUUUAGGUUUGCCCAGCAGGCCAGGAGUACAAUCUACAUUUUCUGCCAUCUGAAAGCCACUGCAGUUUUGCCUGGUUCAGAAGGAAGGGCAUGCUCCUUUCCUCCUGGAUACGAACGGUGGAUUAGUGCAUCUGGGAAUGACCAGGCAUGUAGUUGCUGUGACACUAGCUGUGCUAUGAGGAAGGGCAGGAGUGUCAAUUCAGCUGUACAGUAUGAGGGUAGUGCAGUCCUAGGCCCCAUUGUUGUCCAGGAGGCUACCAAAGAUGUUGUGCCUGAGCUCCAUGGCUCUCUGAAGGUGGAUCACUGGUCAGAAGGUUCCUCUGCUGUGCUAAUGGUUGGAGUGGCUGCAGUGGGACUGGUCUGCAUGAUUGUGCUGGGCACAGUACUAGUGUGGCGACGGUACUACAAACCUAUGGUCUUGUAACUGGGUGGAGGUUUUUUGAAUAAAACAUGUAAACAAGUAA